UUCGUCCCACCCUCUUUUCCUGAGAGCCAAUGGAAACUCACGGUUGAGUUGCGUCAUUUGUCCUAGCAACUCCGGGUAGAUUCAUUGCAUCCCAGGCUCGGCGCUGCUUCGUCCUGCGGGCGAUACCCGCGCGGCUGUUCUUUUCGCAACUGGCGAGGAGUUUGAAACUGCUGGCUCAGCAUGUGGUGCGGCGGCGCAGCCGCAAUGGUGGCCUUUUGCGCCGGACUUUGGGUCUCUAACCCGGGGCGGGCGCAGAGCCAGGAGGCCGGGGGGAUCCCGGGCGCCGACUGUGAAGUAUGUCAAGAAUUCUUGAGUCGAUUCUAUAAUUCCUUGAUAGCCAGAGGAGUCAACUUUUCUCUGGACACCAUAGAAAAAGAAUUGAUCAACUUUUGCUUGGAUGUCAAAGGAAAAGAAAACCGCCUGUGCUACUAUCUAGGAGCCACAAAAGAUGCCGCUACUAAGAUCCUAAGUGAGGUCACUCGCCCAAUGAGCGUGCACAUGCCUGCAGCAAAGAUUUGUGAGAAGCUGAAGAAGAUGGACAGUCAGAUCUGUGAGCUGAAAUAUGAAAAGAAACUGGACUUGGCAUCAGUGGAUCUGUCCAAGAUGAGAGUAGCAGAGCUGAAGCAGAUACUGCAUGGCUGGGGAGAAGAGUGCAGGGCCUGUGCAGAGAAAACUGACUACGUGAAUCUCAUCAAAGAACUGGCACCCAAGUAUGCAGCAACGCACCCCCAAACAGAACUCUGACUCCUGGAAGCCAGCGCACCAUUGGCUAUAAUUAGAGACAAAAUGCCUCUCUAGGAUAUGGAUGCACUGGUUGAGAGGAACCAGGAAUUUCAAUAUGUGUGGUCUCAGACUUUUUGUUUGGAUGUGACACUUCAGAAUUGGUUACCUGAGUUUAUAAGUAGAACUGUUAGUAUUAGUGGUUUCUUAAAUCUGCAGUGUACCAAAACCUACAAGUGCCUUUCUUAUAAUUUUCUUGUAUGUCAAUUAUCAUCGCCUAUCUCCUUAAACUGGGAAAAGUGAACCACUGAAAAAUUAGUGGAGUAAAUUGAUUCUAAGUAGGAAGAGAGUACUCAGAAGCUAUCUGUAUGCUGCUGCUGCUGCUGCUAAGUCGCUUCAGUCGUGUCUGACUCGGUGCGACCCCAUAGAUGGCAGCCCACUAGGCUCCUCUGUCCCUGGGAUUCUCCAGGCAAGAAUACUGGAGCGGGU